AUGUUCAAGAUAAACGGUGCUUUUCAGCGUGCAAAACGUCGAGUUAAUGCGAACAUCCAGGCUUUUAAAGAAAUGAAGAAGGAAGUGGAAGAAAGUGUGGAAUUGAAGGGUGAAGCUGGAAGAAGAAAGAAGUACAAACUUCUUCAGAAGAUGAAACUCAAAAAGCUUCGUCAUGUCUUUGAAGGUAGGGGGAGAAUGCUAAAAUGCAAAGAAUUUCCUGAUUUGGCAGCAGUCAUGGAAUACGCAUUCGGUGAAUCUGAUCAUAUUGAAAGAGGUGGUGGUGGUUUGGAAAGUCACCCUAGAUUGACUGAUACUGUUCUAUAUCGUGCAGCGGACAGUAACACAAUCAUGAAAGAUGCAAGGGAGACUGUGUUAGCUUUAGCACCGAAUGAAUUUGACAUAAGCCUUUCUUCGUGCUUUAAUUAUACACAAAAUUACAAAGAAGGCACUUACCAAGCGACACGUCAUCACUCUGGUAGAGGAAUAAAUGCAUGCAUUUCCCUCCAUAAACCUCCUCGCAUCGGUGUCGAGAAAUUUGUUGUUAACCUUCGAUGGUCGUCUCAGAAUGUAAAUAUUUCCAUGGAUUUUGCACACUUACACUCGGACAACGUCAUGAUUGAUUCUAAAGAUGCAAAAGCCAAACAAAGUCCAGGCAGAUGUUUCACCCGUACAGAAACCUGGGAAAACCUGGAAAAAAAUUGCUCUUCCCGAUCAUGAUUGGAGUGCAGCAGCCCAUAACUCUGUUACUCCAAUGACACAUUUAUUCAUGGAGACGGAAAUGAACCUUGACGAUUCAACUGACGCAGAGCAGCAUUACAAGAACUGGUACAGCAGCAAUAUUAAUAAAUUUAUCACACUUCGAACCAGAAACUGUUCAGAGAGCUUUUAACGAAAUAUUUUUACUUUUGGCAAAUCCUGCAUUGGAUCAAUAUUUCCGUAAUCCUGAAACGGGAAAAUUAAAGGAACAUUUUAUUUUCGUGGUCGAUAAUGGUCCAUCUGAAGCACCUUCACACCCUAUGGUAAAAAUGUGGUUGGCCCGUAUGCUCUUGGUCCUGCAGCUAAAGUCGAUUACCCAGAAGUCGUUUGCAGAAUACCACAGCAAACGAAAUCCAGUGGAGCGAGUUCACUCUGUGGAGAACCGUGCCUUAUCCAAUGAAGUUUUUACAAGUACGGGUGUGCAUAAAGAAUACGAAAAAGGUGAUCAGCAGCACCUAGAAAAUAUGGAAUUUAUGGUGGGAGAAGUUGUAAAGUGUUUAAAGAAGGCACAAUAUGGUGGGAAGCCAAUAUCAAGUCAGCGUGGUAUUGGCAAUGAAGAUAAUUUUGUUUUCGAUGACGAAAUUAAACUUUUAAACUUUCUGAGUCGCAGUGAGAAACUAAAGAACGAGAACAACGAACACUAUUCACCUAAGAAGAACAAUCUUUGGCAGGAAGUAGCGUUAAUCUGGAAUUUAAAUGUGGAUUUCAUUGGAUGCUACCGAGAAGACUACCAAAGACUCGAAAAUACAUUUGAUGAAGAGGGAGAGCAAACUUGCUGGGCAAGCAAAUAUGCAACAAUCAUUGCAAACCCAGAUAUUUUAGACGAGUACAAAGAACUUUUGGUCGCUCAACCAAUACCUGACUACGUGAGGUGGUAUAACACUGGAGGGGAACUUCAUUAUAUUCCAUUGGAAAAACUACUUGAUUUAAAUACUAACGUCAUUGAUUCUACACCAGCUGCAUUUCUCCCCUCAAACAUUUUGGACAUAUGUUUUAAAAUAUUUAAACACGACGUUGAAAGCAUUAUACCUAGCAUUGCAUUGCUCAGUUGGUGUACAGAAGAUGAAGUAAAAUAACACUUUGCUGAUUUUUCAUACAAACUGGACAAAUCGUUUGAAAAUGAUAAAGAACGGGAAUAUUGGAGGCAUCAAGACCUUUAUAAGACUAAAGACAAAGCAGCAUUAAAACGUCAAUGUAAAGAAUGCAAAAUAUCAUCCGAUGGCAAGAAACAUGAAAUUGUGAGAUGACUAGUCGAAACACUGAAGCUUCCUUUACCUCCUGCACUGACGAAAUAUAAUGGAAAUAUCGACUCGCUUCCAACAACUAUCACCGAGUUAUCCCAAAUGCCUAUCUUUAAACUGAGGGAAAUUCUUCAUUACCACAAUGUUAUCGAUUGCGGCACAAAAGACGAGCUAGCCAUAAGAGUUAGCAUGGCAGUUAAAUUUUUGCUAUAAAAAAUAUUAUAACAGCAACCAGAACAUUAACGCAGUGACAGAAGAGAAAGUACUUACUUGACCCCAAAAUAAUCUCAAAACAACGAAAGUUUAGCACGCCUUCAAGUCAGACGAUUAGCACCUCACGACCUAGGGAUAGUGCCUCUGUCUUUAGCAAGAAGAAAAAGGCAUUAAUUUCUAUACCAGUUGGUACAAGUCUAGCUAGAAACUCUAGAUGAUAUUUUCAAACCUCUUGACCGCGAGAUUUUAUUGUACUCUGUCAAUUUUUCCGAGGAUUGGGUGAAACAGAAGAGAAAAUUCUUUGGUCAAAACCAGGAAGCAAUACGAUCUGUUGGUGCAAACGUGCUUGCUAUGUGGAGUAAAGAUGAGAUCGGCAGUACCGGUUGGAAAAGUGGUAAGGAUAUGUCAUUCUCAAUAUUUUUAUAUCUCUCAUGCAUCCACAUACAUUAAAGAUAUAUUGCAUUCUUCCGUUUACGGGGUGGUACAGAGCAAAGGUACUGACCUAUGACAGUGCCACAGAUACUGUUGAGGUGGAGUUCGACGUUGAGGAAGGUGCACACUACCAGUAUGUUGUGAAAGACGAGGUGAAAGCCAGGAGAUUAAAACUCGCUAAAGAUACGCAAAAGAAAGUCGACGAUUACGAAAAUAUUUUCCAGAUCGGGGCAGUGAUUCGCUGGUCAGCUGAUGAUGUUGUUGAGGUUGGACCAG